CUUUGUUGAAUAUUUUUGCACAAGUUACUAAUUUUCAAGUGAUUUCGACCCCGAAUCGUGGUUUACUACAGUACUGUUGCAGGGCUUGCUGGACGGCGCGCCUGCUAUGUCCGGUGAUGCGCCCCUGCGCUACGGAUCGCCCCUCAGCUGGCCGCUGGUCCCGCCGCUCGCCGACGACGAUGAAGAUAGCGUCGAGCUGCCAUCCACUGUAGACGUCAAAGCCAUCUGGGACCUGCCGCAGCCAGGUGAUGGGACUCCGCGCGCGGCUCAGUCUGCCUCGGUGUCGUCUACCCCGUCCCCGCCCGGCUCUCCGCCGUCGGCCUCGCUGCAGACGCCGCCGACCCGGCCGCCGCCGCUGCUAGCUCAGUCUCCGCGGGCGCUGUCGUUCUCCCCAGAUUUGUCUCCGAAGCCAUCGGCGUCUCUGAGGCACCCGUCACCACCGUCGAUAUACUCGCCACCACAUAACACAACACCAACACCAUUAGCAAAACCAACCGCCAUAUCACCUACUCCACACUUAUCAAAACAGACACUUGCACCCUCGUCAUCGCUACAUGCACCAGCACACCCAUCAUCAUCACCUUCAACUGCAAAAUCUCCCACAGCACAGCCAGCACCAGUGACAGUACCACAACCAACGCGUCCGAAAGCACCGUCACGGACGUCACUCGCUACACCAAGAUCAACAUCAUCACCGCCACCGUCACCCUCAUCGACUUCACACACGCUUCUGUUAGCGUCAUCGCCGCCAUCGCCACGGCCUCCGACGCCGCCGCAGCCGUCAUCGCCAGCGGCGCCGUCACGGCAGAGACGACACCGCGACCGGCGGCCGGCGCGACCGCUGCGUCCACAGCCGGCGACCGUCACUGUCACCACCGCACUCACCUCCCCCGCCAUCACCACCAGCACCAACAGCCUCGCGAUCACAAUCAUUACAACCACAGCCACAUCCGCGACCGCCACUGCGACCGCCAGCAUCGGCGGCAGCCACGACAGUAGCAUCGCCUCCGAAAACCAAAGCAACAAUAUCAUCCCCACCUCCGCUACCCAUAUCAGCAUCACACACAACAAAAACUACUGUGCCAUCGACGUCGCCUCGUUCACCGCAUUCGAUUCUGAGACGAUCGACGUCUCAAACGAAACCAACAACGGCUGCACCACUGCCAACUUCACCGCCGCCGAAGCCGCCCGACGGGCAACGGGCGCCUCCGCUUUCACCGCCGUCAUUGCGGUCGUCGCGGCGACGGUCGCCUCUGCCGACCUCCUCGCCUCCAUCUGCGCCUGGGAGCGUCUCGACUCUUUCCGCCGCAUCGCCUCCUCGUGGACUUCUUCAGCCUUCGGAGACGGUGGAGGCGCAUCAGUCGCCGGCGGCACCUCCCAGUAG